AUGAAAAGAUCUAGUUUGUCUUUCUCUUCUUUUCCUUCUCCAAUACCUCCAAAAAAUUUCAAUGUGUUUUUGAGUUUUCGUGGUGAAGAUACUCGCAACAACUUUACGGGAUUUCUUAAUGAUGCUUUGCAACAAAAAGGAAUUCGUGCAUUCUUAGAUGAUCGUGGAAUUGAUAGAGGAAAAUGUGUUGCUGAAGAACUGCCUAAAGCAAUUGAAGAAUCUAGUCAUUCAAUUAUCAUUCUCUCAACAAACUAUGCCAAUUCGACAUGGUGUUUGAACGAACUUCUUAAGAUUCUUGAUUGCAAGAAGACAAUGGAGCAGAUUCUUAUACCAAUUUUUUACCAUGUGGAUCCAACUCAUGUUCGUAACAAGAUGGGUGCUUUUGGAGAAGCAUUUGCCAAACACAAACAAGAGUUUAGGGAGAAAAAGGAGAAAACACUUCUAACCCAAAGAGAACGUGAAGACAUGGACAAUGUAAUGAAAAGAUGGAUGGCCUUUGAGUAA